CUCAAGUAGACAAAAAAGUUACCAAAACCACUCACUUUUUCUUCACCAAUCGACCAUGGCUCUCAAGCGGAUUAACAAGGAACUCAAGGAUCUCGGCCGCGACCCACCCUCAUCGUGCAGUGCUGGACCAAUUCAAGAUGGCGAGUUUUUCCACUGGCAGGCAACCAUCAUGGGCCCGAGCGACAGCCCGUACUCAGGAGGAGUGUACUUCCUGAACAUCCACUUCCCGACCGACUACCCGUUCAAGCCGCCAAAGGUCAACUUCACAACCAGGAUCUAUCACCCCAACAUCAACAGCAACGGCAGCAUCUGCCUCGACAUCCUCAGGGAUCAAUGGUCGCCAGCCCUGACCGUUUCCAAAGUUCUCCUGUCUAUCUGCUCGAUGCUGACUGACCCGAACCCCGACGAUCCCUUGGUGCCCGAGAUUGCCCACAUCUACAAGACCGAUCGUGCUCGCUACGAGGCCACUGCGCGCGAAUGGACCCGCAAGUACGCGAUGUAA